AUGAGGAGUUUUUGGGAAAUGACGGUGCGAGAUGCAGGGACGCUGGUGAGCAGGGAGGUGGCUGCACCGGGGUUUGAUGGCACAGGAAAUAGCAGCAGAGGGAGAGGAGCAACGGGGAAGGGAAAGCAGGCGUUUGGAGUGGCUACACUUCGUUCUGAUGCGGUUGAGAUGGAUACAGAUGGGGAGGGAGACGAAGGGGAGAGGCGACUGGGUGUGAGAUUAGACAGUUUGGAAGGAGAAGAGGAGGCAGAACGAGGCGGAAGCGAGAGGAAGGGAGGACGGGAGGGCGUGGGAGAGGAGGAGGAGCGGGUAUGGGGCAAGGCAGGGGUGAAUGCUCGUAAAGAGUGGGUCCCCAAGGGGAGGAAAGCUGCGGGGCUUGCAGGGGAGUCGGGAGGAGCAGGGACUGGCAGUGGGAAAGGGAGGGAUCAGGGGAUUGAAGGUUGUAGCGAGACUGUGAAUGGGGAUGGGGACGGGGACAGGGGCGGGGGAUGCAUUGGGGAGGAUGCAUUGGGAAAGGGCUUGGGUGCGGGAGUGGGGGGCUUACCUGUGCUGACUGUUGGAGGAGCAGACAGCCAGGCGGUUUUCGAGGGUGCUGUUGUGAGUGUUGCUGCCACCCGCAGUGCUGGUACUCGCGGGACGGCAAGGGGGAAAAAGGGAGGGAAGAAGGGGAGUGGUAUGAGGGAAAGGAGGUUGUCUGGAGCAGGAUGGUCGUCGGGAGGAGAAGGACAUGCAAGCAGGGGGGGUGCGUAUGAGAGUGAGAAAGAAGGGGAGAGUGAGGGGUUAGGGACAGGGAAAGGACAACGCAAAAUGGAAGGUGGGGCCUUGGGGCUGCAAUUGCAAGAGGGAGAAGGGGAUGGUGACAGGAACAGGGUGGCGUGUGCUGUGGAAGAAUCAGUGGUGGUAAAAUGCUGGAGAGAGGAUGAAGCUGUGAAUGCAUGUGAGGGAGAUGUGGUUGCCGGGUUACCAGGAUACGAGGAAAUGGAGAGAAUGGCUGAUCAGGGAGUUGGGGAAGGAGCGGGGGAGGGUGGUGAGGGGGAGGGGGAGGGCGAGGGGGAGGGGGAGGGGGAGGGACAGGGGGAAGAAGAGGAGGAGGAGGAGGAGGAGGAGGAGGAGGAAGGGGAAGGGGAGGUUGUGUGUCAUCAGCUGCGGCUGAGUGUGGAAAUGGAGGAGCAAGCGAGAGAGGCGUUGGAGGGGGGAGAGAGCGUGCUGCUGGUUGAUGACGUGUCGGGACAGGCCUAUCAGCUGUUGCCAGCUGUCGUCGUGAAGGGGGUGGGCGUGGAUGGAGGGAGGGAGGUGGGAGAAGGUAGUGAUGAUGAGGAAGAGGAGGAGGAUGGGAAUGAGGGUGAGUGUGUGUGUGAGUGUGAGGAGGUGGAGGAGGAAGCAGGGAAGGAGGGUUUGAAUGAAAGGGGGGAGGCAAGGGUGGUGAAGCAUAUGGAAUGGGAGGAGGAUGGAGGGGACAAUGAUAAAGAAAAGGAGGAAGUGAGGGAAGAGGAACAAGAGGGUGCGCAGGUGGAGGAGGAGGAGAGGAGGAUGGAGGAGGAGGAGAGAGGGGGGAUGGAGGAAGGAGAAUGGGAAAGGAGUGGGGUGAAGGAAGGAGCUGGUGAAGUAGAGGCGUGGGCAGCAGAAUCUGGCGUUGCAGGUGUGAGUGAUAGAGGAGACGAUGGGGCAGGUGGGGCAGCUGAGGCAGGUAGUCCCUAUGUCGGGCGGUCUCUCUCGUCCCUCUCUGGAGACUUGUCUUUUUGUGGGAGCUUGGAGGACGCAGGGACUAUCGGCGACACCAGCGUUGGCACCGAGAGGGGCAGCUGUAGCGUGUAUAGCCGUGGAGGUGGGGAGGGGUAUGGGUUUCCAGAGAGGACGCGAGGGUAUCUGGCAGCAGCAGAGGCAGCGGCAGCAGGGGCAGUGUCUUUUGAGGCGCCUCAAGAGGGAAGCACUGGCGCUGGUAGAUCGCUCUGUUUUAGACAGCAUGAUACUGAUGGUGGGGAUGCAGCAGAGGAUACGGGAGGUGCAGUGGGAGGUACUGUAAGAGUUGGUGUGGGAAGUGGUGUGGCUGGGAGAUUGCCUGCUGCUCCUCGCUCGUCGCCUCGUGAUUGGCUGAGGGAAGCUGGGGACGCAGCAGGAGCCUCAGAGGUAGAGGCAUCAGGAGGUGUAGAAGUGGCAGGGGCAGGGGAGGAAUCCGUGAGCUGUGGUCCUGUGAACAGUGUUGUGAAUGGAGUCUGCUCACCUGCCGAGCCUGGAGCUUCGGGUGAAGGUUCGGCAGAAGGUGAGGAGGUUGGGAACCUGAUUGGAUCGGAGAAUGUGUUGGAGGAGGCUGCCUGUUUGCCACAGGGCGUCUCUUUGACCGAGCAAGGCACUAGGGAGGAGGAUGAUGUUAGGAACGGGGGAAACUCUGGGGAAGAGGAAGACUGUGGACAUAGCAACAGGCAAGCAGUUAGCCCAGUGGUUGAAGGGGGAGCAGCAGCGGGCAGCAGCAACCAUGCAACUCGUGAGGUGCAUCAACAGGCGGUGGCAAGGGCAACGCAGGCGUCACAGCAUAUGUGUCCAGCAGUGGUUUUGCCAUCAGGUUGUGCUGCUGUCGAGGGGGACGCGCUUGCUCCUGUGGGUGGUGCUGCUGUUGCUGUUGUUGCAGGGGGGGACUCAGCUGAGGACUUCAGGGCCCCAUCUUCUUCUUUACCUGCAGCCAUUGUUUUCUCGGCGGCCAAUAUGGGUGGGACUCAACCAUCUUGUGCUGCUGAAUCACCUCAUUCAACGCCCGAUGCAGCACCAGACUCAGCACCUGAUGCUGGAAGCAGCCAGUCAGCAGCUACAGCAGCCGCACACCCUAAUGCCAACCCACCAGCUGAUGCCACUCUGCCUUCACAGCAACCGCUCUCCACCCCUCUCUUUGCAGCAGGGAACAAUGCCGCAGCAACCAUGCACUCUGGUUUCCUUGCACAUCCCCCCAUCACAACUCACUCCAUCGCACCUCCCUCUACCAUGCCUCACUCCAUCGCACCUCCCUCUACCGUGCCUCACUCCAUCGCACCUCCCUCUACUGUGCCUCACACCAUCGCAUCUCCCUCUAUUGCACCUCACACCAUUGUACCUCUCUCCAUCGCACCUCACAUCGUCACAUCUUCCCCCGUCGCACGUCCCCCUGUCGCACCUUCCCCUGUCGCACCUCCCCCUGUCGCACCUCCCCCUGUCGCACCUCCCCCUAUCGCACAUCCUUUACUCCCGUCAACACUCUCCAUGCCCAGUCCCUCUUCCAUUGGCGAAGCAGCAGCAGCAGGCACAACAGCAGAAACAUCAGCAGGAGCUUUCCACCCAUUCGUACUUUCCAACGCAGAUGUGCCACAGCCACAGCCACAGGCCAACCUCACAACCGUAUUUACAGCCUGCCUUACAGCCGGCUUUACAAACGACAGCACAGCAGCAAUCCGUAAGCAUACAGCUCCUCCCCCCUUUGGGCCAGGAGCAUUUGCAUUCCACACCCUCCAAUCCAUUUGA